UCGAUGCAGUCUCCAGUAGGGUCACCUUCAUCCAGCAUAUCUUCUGAAGAAGAAGAAACAAGAAAAUCAAUAUUAAAGAGGUUUAUUGCAGCUUAUAAGUCAAUGCCAGAGUUGUGGAAUAUCACAUUGAGACAGUAUUCCGAUCGAGACAAAAAAAGACGCGGAUACGAAGCUUUGCUUCAAAUUUAUGUACGUUUAAAGGCACAAGCCACUAUUGAAUAUAUAAAAAAGCAAAUUAAUACACUACGUAGUAAUUACAGGAAGCAAUUGAAGAAAAUAAAAGACUCUAAGCGCACUGGUAGUAGUGCUGAAAGUGUGUAUGAACCCAGUUUGUGGAUAUUUUAUGAACUUCAGUUUUUAGCAGAUGUUCAAAUUCCGGAGAAAGGAAGAAGCUCAAUAAAACAAAAUGAGCGUUCUGAAGACAUGCAACAAAAAGAAGGCACUGAUAGAACUGAGAAAGCAACAAAAAGAAAAGCUACUGGAAACCAGGAUAACCAAGAUCGUCAGCAGCUAUUAUCCAUGGCGCGUGAAUAUCUAACUAAAGACGAUGAAUAUCCCAUUGGAAAAAUUUGGGAAGCAAAGUUGAAAAGUCUUAUUGACCCACAACAACGAAGGUUGGCGGAGAAAUAUAUAAAUGAUAUUCUUUUCGAGGCGAACAGGGCACCUUAACCAAAAGCUCCGUCAAAAUAAAUUGUGACGAAGCAAAUUUUGUUGAUGUAUAGUCAAGAGCACCAUCAGUUCAAAGUUUAUCAUCCGCAAGUUGCAACUAUAGUUACACUUCAACGCCCAUGUUCUCUCCACCAAUGCCAUUGGAUGAAGCAGACAAUGUUAGUCAUAAUCGACAAUAUUUAGAGCUUCAAAAUGUAUCCCAAAAUCAUCAACAAGCCCUUCAAACAGAACACACACCACAAUCACCAACAGACCUUCCUACUAUA